UAAGAAAAACCUUUUUUCUUUCUUUUUCAUUUUUUUUUUUAUAGACAUAAAAUAUGAAGUUUGGCUCACAGUUAAAAGACGCUAUUUAUCCUGAAUGGACACCAUUUUACAUUGACUAUGAUGGAUUAAAAAAGAGAUUAAGAAAGGCCGAAAAGGAAAGACCGUUUACUGAAAAAGAUGAAACAGAGUUUGUCGAGUUACUGGAUAACAAUCUUGAAAAGGUAUUUGCUUUCCACCAAGAGAAAAUGGAUGAAAUCAAAAAGAAGAUCGAUGAAUAUGAUGAGAUGAUCAAGAGUCAGAUUCCUGGUCAAGACAGUGCAGCGGAAAUGGCAUCCAUCCAAGAAAAUAUUAAUUGGAUUGCGGACGACAUCAUACGUCUCGCUCUUUAUUCCCGUAUUAAUUAUACCGGCUUUCUGAAAAUCGUAAAGAAGCAUGAUCGUCAUACCGAGUAUGUCCUUCGACCCAUGUUUAUGGUUCGAUUGAACCAAUGUCCCUUUUGGAAUGAAGACAAUGAUACCCUCUUGAUCAAACUAUCCCAACUCUUUUCUAAAGUAAGAGACGGUGGCAUGACCAUGUCUUUCAAACCAGCCUCUCAACCUUUCUUGAAUGACGAUAACAUGGACUUACAACAAAACAAAGAUGCACGUCGCCUCGUUGUCAAGCGAUUCUUUGUUCAAACCGAAAAUGUACUCGAAUUAAAAACAUAUGUGCUACGUCAUCUUCCUGUACUCGUUUACCGCGACAACUCCAAGAAACAAGACAACAUCGAUCCUCCCAUCUCAUCCGUCUAUUUGGACGAUGCUGAGUUGGAAUCCUACAAUUCUCGCGUCGAAGGUGCUGAGGGUGCUCAACUGAUCCGUUUGCGUUGGUACGGCAGUGCUAAGGGAAACAGCACCAUUGGCUUUGAACGUAGAACAUUGGCUGAAGAAAACCGUGGUGAGUUAAAGGACCGUUUCACAAUCAAGGACAAAUAUGUCGCAGGUUUCCUCAAGGGGGAUCAAACCUUUGUUGAAAAGUCCGUCAGAAAGAUGAGAAACAGUGGUCGAUCCGAACAAGAGGUGGAUAAGUAUGAGAAUCUGAUUAAACAGGUUCAAAAGACCAUUGUCGAGAAAAACAUGCAGCCAGUGUUACGUACCUAUUAUCGUAGAACGGCUUUCCAAAUUCCGGGUGAUCAAAGUGUAAGAAUGGCACUUGAUACAGACUUGUGCUUUAUCCGUGAAGAUUCACAACUUUUCUCGGAUGAUCAAACCAUCCGUCGUCCUACAGACACUUGGCGUAGACCCGAUGCUGACUCGGAUUUCCCCUUUGACAACCUCAAGAACGAAACAGAUAUCAACAGAUAUCCUUUUGCCACCUUUGAAAUCAAACUCGAAUUAGCCCCCAAUGAAAGAGAACCCGAAUGGAUUGUGGAUUUGGAAGAAAGCGGUAUUCUGGAAGAGGCCUUUGAUUUCUCCAAAUUCGUACAUGGUAUCGCCGUCAUCUUUGACACACGUGUACCUCUCUUACCUUAUUGGUUGGCCCAAAUGGACAAUGAUAUCCAACAAUUACCCAUCUUACCUUCCACUGCUCCUUCUGUCAGCCAAAAGAACUUUAAGAGUAAAGCUGCCAGUGAAGUCCAGCAUGCUCACUCCGACACUAGUAGCAGCCGUCAACGCGCAUUAGCUUCAGCCAAUGAACGUUCUUCUUUGCUCGGCAGUGGUUCUCAAUCCUAUGGCAGUCGUCCAUUAGCCACUGUCAAAGAAGACGAUACCCAGCUGGAAGAAGAGGAGAGUACACCUUCCAAGAUGAUCAACAGCAUCAGUUCCAUUUUCGACAACUUUAUGGGCAAGCCUGCUAUGGCCACUACCAAGUCUCGAGGAAAUGAUGUACCAGUCAUUUUACCACCCGGUGUCAAGAUUCCCAAAAAGAUCAUUACACCGCUUCGUGUUGAACCCAAAGUUUUCUUCGCCAACGAACGUACCUAUUUUGCUUGGAUGUCAUUCGGUACACUGAUCUCGACCUUUUCUUUGGCUUUAUUCAACGCUGGUGAUUCGGUUGGCAAAUUAAGUGGUAUUGUCUACUCGCUUGUGUCCGUUUCCACAUUGUUAUAUGGUAUGGGUCUUUAUUACCGUCGUCGUGAAUUGAUCCAUAACCGUGCUGCAGGUCCCUAUGAUGAAUUAGUUGGCCCUACCGUCAUUUGCUUCUCGCUCCUGUUUGCCGUCGGAUUAAAUGCCUAUCUUAAAUUCACUGUAAAGAACCCUUCCUUAUUAUACUUGUAAAAUGUAUCAUUCAUACCUAUCCCCCAAACCACCAUCACCACCACCACUUAAUAACAACAACAAUAAUACACACACACACACACGAAAAAAGAAGUUGUA